GUGAUGGCCUCGCCCCCCCCCAUCCCUCAGUACCGCUCCCCCCUCGGCCUCGACCUCCACGGCCUCUUCAUCUCCUUCUGUGUGGACCGCGGCCUGCAGUACCUGCUGUACACCUACCUGGAGCACCACAGGUUGACGCCCAGGAACUGUCCCCUCUUGACCAAUCAGAGCCUGUCUGAGAGCCAGCCCUGGUUUGAGAUGCUGGUGAAGAUCCAGGAGAUCACCAGAGAUCUGUCAGAUCCAGGACUGGUGUUCCAGGCCAGUCUAACCAGUGCUCAGGUGCUGUUACCAGGCAGCCAGGCGUCUCUCAGCAGUCUGCUGUUAGAGGGUCACAGUUUGCUGGCUCUGGCUGCCGUCAUGUUCGCCCCCGGAGGCAUCGACCAGGUGGUGGUUCAGGGUGAACGGUCGGGCAGGUCUGAGAGGACGGUGGACCCCCAGCUCCUGAAGAUGGCGCUGGCCCCCCACCCGAAACUGAGGGCCGCCCUGUUCCCCUCCGGGCCCCGAGGAAGCAGCCCGUCCUCGGACAUCUCCGUCUACCACCUCCUGCAGUCGCUCCACCCUCUGGACCCAUCCAGGCUGUUCGGCUGGCAGUCAGCAAACACCCUCAACUCCACCGAAACCUCAGAGCUGCCUCAUUUCUCCAGCCCUCACCUGGUGGGCAGGUUCGCUCUGGUGGAGAACCUGGACUUCCUGUACUACCUCCGUCAUGGCCGACCCUCCUUCGCGUACGCCACCUUCCUCGUCCAGCGGCUGAGCGGCUGCAGUGACGUCACGCUGCUGUGAGUACACUCGACUACAGCUCUUCAGGUCAGGUCAAUGGAGCAGGAAAGAGGAGGAAACAGAGUGUGUGUGUGUGUGUGUGUG